AUGCUAAGAAAAUUGGAGAUCAUUCCAGAUGAUGAAGAAAGCGAGAGGAGAAGUGAUGAAGAUGCUGAUGGAGAUGCAAUGGAGAGUCAUCAAAUGAAGCAAAAAUCUGGAGGGGGUCUAACAUACUUUGGAGACAUCCGUGCCAGCCGAGUCGACAAGAAGAUGGAUCAUCUAUCAUGCUUCUCUGGUGGAAUGUUUGCUCUGGGUAGCAAGUUCAGUGAGAGCAAGAAGGACCACUAUCUAGAGAUGGGAAAAGAGAUCACCAAGACCUGCCACAAAUCAUAUGAUAAUACAGCAACCAAGCUUGGACCGGAAGCCUUUAGAUUUGAAGGGAGGGCGGAGGCGGUUGCCAUGAGACAGAAUGAGAAGUACUACAUUCUACGUCCAGAAACUAUAGAGUCUUACUUUGUACUCUUCAGACUCACCAAAGAUCCCCUCUAUAGGCAGUGGGGAUGGGAAGCUGCACAGGCCUUAGAAGCACACUGCAGAGUUGGAGACGGGUAUUCAGGCAUCAAAGAUGUCUACGCUACCAACGUGGCCCACGAUGACGUCCAACAAAGUUUCUUCCUGGCAGAGACUCUCAAAUACCUCUACCUUUUAUUCUCAGAUGACGAGUUUAUGUCAUUAAGCGAUUGGGUUUUAAAUACAGAAGCACAUCCUUUACCUGUGGCUAAGUCAUAGUACAUACAGGAACAAACAUUUCUCACCUAGAGAACAAAUAGAAACUCUAAACGGGGAUAUGAUGGCAUUGUAGCAGACGUCCAUCAGGAGGGUGUCUCAUUGACGUUGGCCGUCCAGCAAGUUGUCAGAUCUAACAACUUUUUCUUGGUUUUGAUUUGCUGAGAAUGACAAUUCUCUGAUUGUUACUUUGGUAACUGUUGGAUAAUGACAAUUUGUCAGUGCUGACAACUUUCCCCAGCAUAAGGUCGCACUUCUAGCGUUGGACGACAUCAUCGGAAACAUCACUGAAGUGUGUUCUUGCAUCACAUGGAAGGAGGCAAUCCUUUCAUACACAGUCGAUUUGGAAGACAGAAGACCCAGUUCACAUCCAAAGAUUAAGUGAUGACUUUGUCAUCACAAAGAUGGAUAAUUUCUGUGUCUGUGCCAAGUAUAUUGAAGUGACUGCCAUAAUAUUGGACCAGGUGUAUCUUCAAUCCCAUUCACAUUUAAAGAAUACUUGCCGAAUGUGAAUCUUUCUUGUGUCAGAUGAAUUGAACUUCCUUUUUCCUACUUCGGCUAUUAUUGAAAUAGAGGUUAAGUCUAGUAAAAGAUUCUUGCAUUAGCUAGAAAAUAGCAUAACAGAGACGAAACCAAGGUUCGGGGAAGUUCUUUGCUCAUCUAGAUGAAAAAUGAAAAAAAAAUUGACUCCAUGUUAAACUCUAUCUUGAUCAUUAAAAUCCUGGUUGUAUACAAGCACACGUGAAAUCAAUUAGAGUCACUUUUGCCUGCAGAGGUUAUGAGAUGCUCAAAGGUGUCACACUGAAUGGUUGGUGUCCAACUGCCCUGACAUAGGUGACAUCGACCAUCAGCAAAAUUGACCAUCAGGCACACAUAAAAAAUACACCAAAAUUUGCAGGAAAUCAUAAGUGAAAUGUUGCAUGAUGAUCUUCCCUUUCCUUAAAGUUUUUCUCUAACAUUUGUUGAAAUGCCCAAGUCUUGUUUGAUUUUCAUUUUCAGUAGUUGUUAUUUUUAUAACUCACAUCAUUGAAAUUGUUCUUCUGUAAAUGUUAUGACAACCAUACUGAUAACAUACUAAAUGCAAUACACCAUGAAUAAAUUAAAUAGAAAGAGGAGUAUGAUAAACCAUUUAAAUCACAUAUAACAAUUCAAUGAUGAACGGCAGCACUAGGGUAUAUUGAUAGGGGGCAAAACCACUAAGAAGGUGAAGUCAUUUUUAUUCUCGGGAAGAAGAGGGGUAAUAUAGAGUUACACAACUCAAUUUUUUAAUAUACAUUUCUUUCUUCCUCUUCUCUUCCUUUUAUCUUUCUUUUUUUUUCUCUCUCUUUUUUUUCUUCUUUAAACAAAUCUAUAGGGUGUCCCCUGCCCCCUAUGUUGUUUACAACUGUUAUAGUAUCAAUGAAGCAAGCAAUGACUCAAAUUAUUUUCAAAACAAGAGUUCAUAUAGAAAGCAAGUAUAAUCAUUCUAUUUUUGCAUCUUCUAGUAGAAUUGGGAAAUUAUGGGCAACUAUAAACAAAGUGAAUCCGUUUUAGAUUGUAUGAAAUGGGUAUAGCAUUAGGUAUUAGAACAGAAAUAAAAAUUGGGGAAAAAAAUGUAAUGAUAAUAUAAUGUGGGUUGAGAUGGUAUGUAAUGGGGUUGUGGAGAUACUGAUAAAAAAAAGAGAAUAAAGAGAGAAAACUUAGAGAAGUGGAUGCAUCUUUGGGGGGAAAAAGAGGAAGGGCAAAUGUGUGUAGUAAUAGCAUGAUAUAAGCUGUUCAAUAUGCCUGAUCUUGCUUCUGGACAUAGCUGAUUUAUUCAAACAGGGGGAUGUUUCACAAAGAUUUAAGUAUGACUUGAGUCGCACUUAAAUGCAGACGCGUACAUGAUAUGCAACGCGCGAUCUUAUUGAUAGAUACGCAGUAGUGCGCGUCCUCAUGACACGAUCUGACCAAUGCAGUCAAGCCUAUCAUACCGUAAGCAACUUGGUAUUUAAGUGCAACUCUAAGUCAUACUUAGAUCUUUGUGAAACACCCCCCAGGGGCCUGUUGCAUAAAACUUUUUACCUGAGAAAACUCUGGUAAAAACUGAAAACUAAGGUUAGUCUGAUUUCUGCCAUUGACUCUAACACAUGGCAAAAACUCCGGUAAGAACGACCUGAGUUUUCUCAGGUAAAAAGUUUUAUGCAACGGGCCCCAGGUCUAUUGUCAUUAAAAAUUAGGGAUGUGUUCUUUGGCCACCAUUUCAAUCCUAGGAACAUGGUUUUCUGAGGCAAUUAGUUCAAGCCAUGGUUAACUUCAAAUGAUUAUCUAAUGGUCCUAACAGUAAAUGUUUUUUGAAACCAUGGAUGCCACUUUUCAGUCUCAAGUCUUAAUUCAGGCAUUUUCGACAUAUUUUCAGCCAUAGAAACACCCUUUUUAUGUAGGAAAGGGGUCAUUCUAGAUCAGCGCUUCUCAAACGGUGGGCCGCGAGAAGCUUUAGAGGGAGAAAAAAAAGGAGAAACAAAAAAUUAAACUAUAGACUUUUCACAGACCUCUUCGAACAUGGUAUGUCAGAUCAGUCUACGUGGGUCAAACAAAACUAAAGCACGCUUAGGUAUCAAUCACACUAUGACUAUAUGGUUUCGAUCUAACUUUAAUGUGAACCUCAUGUGUAUGUAGUUAAUUGUCGCCCAUUUACCGGACAUUUGCAAAUGCAGAAUAGUUCUCAAACUGUUUGUUUAGAAUGUGCUUCAGAGCUUUGUGUUCAAAUUUCACGAAACAUUUUUGCCUCGAAAUUGACAUUUUCUUAAAUUUUUGUAGGUGGGUCUCGAAACAAAUAUAAGAGUUAUAAGUGGUCCUCGAGUAAAAAAAAGGUUGAGAAGCGCUGUUCUAGAUGAUUUACACACAUUUCAAUCAAUUCAAGUAGCUUCCCUUAUUAAUAACUCAACUUUAAAUCUAACUUCCCUUUGUUACAUGUUCAGAGCCAUGCUAUUGAUGCCAAUUAGAUUACACCAAAUAAAUUACUUAAUGAAACAUUAAAAUUUUCCACUAAGUAUUGUCCAUUAGGAACCAUUGAUGUAAAAAAAAGAGUUAUAUUUUCUUAUUAUUUUCUUGAAUUUCAUAUUUAAAUUAUGUUGUUUAUUUUAUGUUUUUGUACAUGGUAUAGGGCCUUGGCCUUGGUUUAUUUGUAGCUUAUAGAAGGGGGACAUUUCAUUUUUAGUUUUGGACAUCUUUCGGGUAUAUAUGCGGUUAUGUAUGGUUUACAAAAAGAUAUUAAGGGGAACAAUUUUUUUUUUUCAAGCAAAAAAAAAAUUUGAAUGAAAUUAUGUUCUAAAUCUGAAGAAUGAGACAUGUAGACUAGAUUCUUUUUUAUAGAAUUCACUUUUAUUAAAGAUAGAUAAUUAUGGCAGCUUUGCCAUUUUUAAAAAUUUUCAUCAGAAAGAAACCCCUUUUUUUUGUAAGGAUUAUUCUUUAAACUAUCAUGCCUCUGAUUAUUGUUUUUAUAGAUAGUUUCUUAUCCCAGGUACAUGUAUACAUUAUAUAACAAACAUCACUAAUUGUACCAUGGAGCAUAAUUCCACAGAGGACCCAUGGGCUUAAAUUCAUAUUGAUAUGUUAUAUUCAGCACCUAUACUAAUUAAACCAAGUUACACAGUUAAAAAGGUUUCAGGGGAGUUUUUCAUGAAUGAGCACUGAUGCUCACAAUCAAGUAUAUGCCCUCGGCCAACAAAUAUCGGAUUCAAGGGUUUCAGUGGCUUAUAACAGUUUUUAGUGAAAACCUACUUCAUAGCAUGCUCUCUUGUAAUAUUUUUUUCAGUGUUCAUCAAAAGAGGAUUAAACCCUUUCUAUGUAAAUCAUCAUUAGCAAAAGUGUUUGAAAAAUGUGGUGGGUUUCACAGGAUCCAAUAUUAAAUGAUAUGAGUUAUAACAUCCAUUCAUUCCAGCUGUUGGCUUUAUCAUGGAUCCUACUAAUAAGAUCCAUGGUUUUAUUAAUGUUAAUUUGCAUUGGUGUCUCAAGGGACAUUUUAUUUAAGGUCACAAAUCAGCUUGCUUUGCAUUUUUUUUGUUAAUUGCUGAAAUUUUAAAAUCCCUUGAGAGACCAAUGAUUUAAUCAGUUAGAGACAUGAAUGUCCUGCUGUAUUUUCCAAAGUUUUUUUUUUAUUCUUGGUCUUUGUGAAACCUGUCCAGACCUGUUCUUCUGCUGUGUAUUAUACACUGAUUGUUUCAUCAUCACAAAUUUUAUGAUUACAGUAAACAAGUAAAUGUAUGUAUAUGUAUUUCAUAGAAUUCCUUUUUCAUGACUUUUGUUUCUGUCUUGAUGAUCAUUCUAUGUGAUAUAAAUUUAUCAUCCAUUUUUAUUGUAUCAAAGAAUAGUUAUAAUCUCUAUCUUUUGCACCGCUUGAGUUUCUUAGAAAAAUCUAAAUUUCUUCAUGGUUGAUAUGGUUUGAUAUAUCUUUAAAAUCUGGUAUAGGGGGAGCCUUUUCCUGAGUAUUACAUGGAUAUUUUUUAGAUUUGCAAAUGCAUUGAAGUAGGAACAGAAAAGAAAAUUCUGUCACCAGUUUGUUUAUUGAUAAUACCUAAGUCACAUUUCCCCUACGACGAGUCGAAAACGGCCGUUUUAUUCAUUUUUAUUCAAAACACCUAUAUGUAGCUGGUAAAAAAUGUUAAAACGGUUGUUUUCGACUCGCCAUAGAGCAAAUGUGACUGAAGUAUGAAUGGUCAGUGGCGUAUCUAGGGGAAACAAGCUCUCCUUCAAAGAACUGAUAGUAGAACUAUCUGAAAUCAUGUCCCUCCAACUUAAGGUUUUUGCUGCUUCUUUGUCUAUCAGAUCAUACAAUUUUUGUACAGAGAAAGUUUUUUUCCUUCCUUUCUUCUUGUCCCCCCAUUUAUCACUUUUGCCCUUUUUUUUUGCCCCUCGCCUUAAGUAGCCGCCAUGGCACAUGCCCUCUUGACCCCUGGAUACGUCACUAUAAAUGAUUGAUUGUAACUCACUCAUGAUGAGAAACAAUGAAUGUGGGCCUCGAAAGAUGGCUCACAUGUCAUCUUUUGAUGUAGCUGGUGCUCUUAAUACCUCAUUUCAAACACCCAGAGUUUGAUGGCCGCAGUGUGCUAUCUUAUUCUGUUUGUUAUUCGUUAGACCCACCAUCCAUUGUGCGUUAAGAUGAAAGAAUCUUUAAGCGGGUUGUAACACUAGGUCUUUUAUCCUGCAUAUGCCAAUCUAUGCAAGGCAAGGUGUCUUAAAAAAAUACUUCAUCAUAUUUCUUGAUAUAAAAAGAUAAAAAGUAAACUUAUGAAUAUCAAGAAAAUUUGUUUUUGUUGUUAACAAGAGGCAUUUUUAUAUCAAGAAAUAUGAUGAAGUAUUUUUUGAUAUAAAAAUGCCUCUUGUUAACAACAAAAACGAAUUUUCUUGAUAUUCAUAAGUUUACUUUUUAUCUUUUUAUAUCAAGAAAUCAUAAAAUGUGUCCCACAAUGGUGUCUGCUUAUGUUGUAAUCAGCUUUGUUUGGCCCUAGCCAUUACAGUAAAUGGAAACAGUACAUAUCUUUCAACUGUUUGUUCAUUUCAAAUACCAGUAUACUUUGUAUAUCAAAACUAUAAUCUACUGAUAAACCAGAUAUGCUCUAAGAGAGGUCUAAAUCUUUAAGCAAAUCCUCUAAAUCUUCUAAACUGGAUGCAGCUAACUCCAUUGAUUCCAUAAAAUGAAAGUAAAUGUCUUUUGAUGCCAUUUAAGAACUAUAGGAAGGCUUAUGUCAACAAGGUCUCACAAAUUUGUCAUGCUUUUUGGAAUCAAUAUAUUCAAACAAUAUUUUUCAAAGAAGCUAGAGAAAAGUAUGGGUACUUUUCAGAUUUUUUUUAUUCAACUUGGGAGUGGUUACUUUAUUUUUUAUCAACUUCAGUAGUAACAUUGUUUCCUUAUUGUAAAACAUCUCUUUCUUUGUCUUCUUUAAAUGUCUGUCUGUAAGAAAAAAGAAUGUCCAAUCCACUUUUUGUUCUCUGUCUGUUUCACUUUUAGAUAAUUCGGUUUCUUUCUUUUUGUCAUUAUCAGAGCUGCCAACAAGUACGUUUUUGGCGUAUUUAGUACUUUUUAUGCAACCAAAAUACGACAGUACGCGAUGAGCGCGCGUGCCACGCAUUUUAUUAUGAAAUACAGUUUUUUGGGGGAAAAUACAGUUUUUUUUAUUACAGAAUACAAUUUUUUUUUUCCCAGAGGUUGGCAGGUCUGCAUUAUAAAUGAUGACAGAGAAAGGAUGGUUAGAUAUAUAUUCACAUUGUAAAUAAAAGUCUUUAAUAUGAUAUGUUCUUGUACUUACUUAUUAUUCAGAUUCCAUUCUAUUUGUCACUUUUCCUCGGUACAUGGGUUGAAGAUAAUUUGAUACUUUACAACUUUACGACUAUUAUAUCCUUAGAAUGAAUUAAAUAAGAAUAAAGAGUAUACAGGUGGAUCUACCCAAGUCAGAUCUUUUGAGACCACAGAUAUUUGUUUGACUUAAGCGAACUUUGACUUAUUGUAUAAUUUAUACCAUGUUUUGCCUAUUUUGAUCUGAGAAAGGCAUAGCUAGGGUGAUUAUUCAACUUAUAGAAGGUCAGUUUUAGCAGAUUCUACUGCAAGAAAAACAUGAUAUGGCAUGGCCGAACAGUACAUGACCCUUGGAAGAGGAUGGCUUGUCAUGUUCCAUAAUGAAUAUAUGUGCAUAUGACAGUAUGGUUCACCUAUAUGUGCACUCUCAUAGUUAUUUCAUUGCAGAUGAGGUAAACUAAAAAUAUAUUGAAAUAUUUUCCUUGUAUUUACACAUGUAGUGUUUUUAAGCUUCCGACAUUGCCAUUUAAUUAGCCCUGAUAGCAAAAACGUAAUACUUUUUCAUUCACUAUGCUGCCUUAGUCUAAGCGUUAUAGGUAAACUUAAUUCCCAUUAUUUGCUUGUGGUUUAUUCAGAAUCGUUCGGAAUUGUCAGACAGAAUAUUUGUCCAAAAUUUAUUUAGGUUGUGGUUGGUCUUGGAAUUAUUCAUAUUCAAUUUUAAAUCACUCACAAAAUAUAUAUCACAUUUGCUUUAUCUGCAAGUGAUUUUUCUGUGUUAGCAACUGUCUUGACUGAAUGAUUAAUAUGUGUGGGUAGUACAAAACCAUUGACUUAAAUAGAAUGGAUAGAAAGUUGCGUGAUAACUCCAUGGUGCCACUAGGGGCAUCGAUGCCAACAGCAGCCAUAUUGCAGUCAUAUCCAGUAUCAUUGAUGCAGUCAAAAUGGUGGCACCCGUUGGGUAGUGGCUUGCAAGUAAACUGCAAAAAUAUCAAUUACUUUGCUCGGUAAUCAAUACAAGUAAUUGUAAGAGCAAAGAAAUUGUAGAAUAUCAAGCAGUAGAUAAGGCAAUGAUCCUCCUGCCACUGUUUUCUCUCUGUUCAAUUAUUAGGCAGAAAAAUAAACCAGUUCUUGCAGUCUUUUUGAUUCAUCGCAUCAAUAAGCUUCUUAUUCCAUUACUUUUUCAAUUAUUUUAAAAUGAUGUAUUAUUAUGUGCUUUUGAUCAAAGGGGUUUAUUCCCCUUUUACAACAGACUUAUCAACCUUCUCGAAAAGUUUAUUGGAAAUGAUAAGUUCCGGUGAUUCUGAUUAAUAUUGUACAUCUAUUAGUAAGUCGAAUUCCAUUUUCUUCGCUUUUCUUCACUCAUUUUUAAUAAUUUGAGGAAAGGUAUCAAAAUUUAUGAAAUUGAUUAUUUUGAACCAUUAAGGCAUAUGUACAUGGAAUUGUAUAAGAAUGUUUAAUGCAAAAGAAAGUAAUAUAUGUCAUAAAUAUAGAUAUGAGAGAAAUGUGUAAUCUCUCUCAACCUCUCACUCUCUCUCUCUCUAUCCAUCUGUCUAUCUGUCUAUAUUUCUCUACCUCUCCCAAUAUAUGGUAGUUCUUGAGCUCCUCGUCUCUUUCUCUCUCUCUCUCUCUGGUUUCCAAUGACACAAUUUAAUUCACAAUAUUGAUAUGAUAAUUAUGUGGCUUGAUAAUUGUUUUAUAUUUAUAGGGAAUCAUUUUAAACAAAUGCUUUAAACUCUGUGAUUCCUCUCUUCCCUUUAUUUACAAUUAUAAUAUAUCCACAUGUAUGUAUAUAUUUUUGAUGUUUUUUAAGAGAGAGAGUGAAAUUAAAUGAAAUGAAUGAGACAACA